AUGGGCCUCCUCUCUUCCUCUGUGCAGCCCUUCGUGGGCACCCCAUUCGACGACCUCCGGCCUCUGGCCUACACGGUCGGGAAAACGGACUCUUUGACCCAAGCGAUGUCCCGCGAUCUCUCUGAGUUCUACUCUACGCCGGACCAUGUCCCUCAGCGCAACCGCAUCGAUGCUCUCAACAUCAGCAAGACGUAUCUCGAGCUCGAUCAAGCGCACGCGACAGCCAAUCAACGCGAGGUUAUCAACCGCGAGGCGUCCAAAAAGCUUGCGAAUCAACGCUCUGCGGCACACACUUUCAUGGUGUCAGCCAUCUCUACGAACCUUCGCCGUCUCUAUCAGGCCACUAUGUGUCCCUACGAGCUCUUUGAGCACAUCAAGACUCGUUUCAAGUCCAACCCCAUGGACAACAACCCCGCCGUAAUUGCCAACUAUCUGCGCACUCUCAUGUUCACGGGUGAGAGUUGUAUCGACAUUCUCUCCGUGGAACUCAUUGACCUCGUCAAACGUUACCGUGUGUCUAUGACCCCGCCCUCCUCCAAUCCUUUGGAUCCGUCGACUACCACAAUCAUAUUUUGGAACUACUACAUUCUGUGUGUGAUGUCCGACACCUUUAUUGGUGAGAAGGAAUUGUGGGAAAUCGUGACGAACUCCGUCGCUACUGCAUGCGCCGCCAACCCGUCCGUCGUCGUUGCUGACUUCUGGAACGGAAUAUUAAGAACUUCCUCCAACGAGCGUCUGCUCGGGGUGACCACGGCUCUACCGCUACCAUCCAAACAUGAACCCAACUUCCAGCUGUCACGCAUGCCUCCACCCCAAGCGAUUACGCAAGCCGAUGGCUCGAUACAUGUUCUGAACGUCUUCACCAUCCUGAGCUAUGCGCACCGUGAUUGCGUCAACCCCCCCCGGCAAUGGCAACCAGGGCUCUUGUGGCCAACAUGGAUGGGUCCACUAGUGGACCUGGAAAUGUCAGGUGGAACAACAAUCCUGACAAGAAUCGGGGCAACAACCGUGACCGCGACCGCACUCACCGUGGAGGUCGUAAUGACCAAGCUGUAA